UCGGGGCUCAGGCUCAGGCUCCGGAGGAAGGCAGGCAGGCAGGCAGGAAGGGCCGCCGAGGCCGCCCUCGCCCCGGAGGAGCCCGCCCGGCUGGGGAUGGUGGCGGGAGCGGCGUGGCCUGUCCUGGGCCCUCGGCCAUGGUGAGGGGCGGCGGGGCGGCGGCGGAGGCGGCGGAGCACGAUGCCCUGCCCGGCUUCGGCGGAGGAGGAGGAGGCAGCAGCAGCAGCAGCAGCAGCAGCAGCAGCAGCAAUAACAGCGGGAGCCCUUAGCAGCCCCGCCGAGGCAUCAGCAGCAGCAGCAGCAGCAGAAGGAGCGGGAGCAGGCCGAGGAGGAGGAGGAGGCUGGGCGCCAGCGCCUGCGGAGGAAGGUCGGCGGUGGAGGAGGAGGAGGAAGAGGAGGAGGGCGGCCAGCAGGCCCUGAGGCAGCCCCGGGCCACGCGGAAACCCCGCCGAGGCCCGCCGGGAGAGCCAUGCUGCCCAGGCCCAGGCCCAGGCCCGGGCCCCGGCCGACGCCGCCAUGCCUCCUCCGCCUCCGGCCCCGAGGAAGAGGAAGAGGCCGAGGAAGAGGAAGGGGAGGCGGAGGGGGCAGGUGACCCUGCCGGCGAGGGGGGCCCGAGGGGAGGCAGCGGGAGGAAGAUGCCCCCCGACCGCCGGCCCAGUCCUUCCCAGGAGCCCCGCUGCCGCCUCUUCCUCCUCCUCCUCCUCCUCGCCGCCCUCCUGGCCGACCACCUCUGCCCCGCCGCCGCCGCCUCCGGAGCCCAUCUGGCCGGAGGGAAGCGGAGGGCCCUGGCGGCCUGGGCCUGGGAGGACCGCCAGGAGGAGGCCGGAGGGAACGGGAGCCUGGCUGGGCCCUGGCCGGAGCCCCGGGAACCCCCCUCGGGCGCCCUGGAGGCCGAGGCGGUGUGCGGCGGGGGUCGGAGUCCGGCGGAGGCGGCGUCGGCGGUGGGUCCGGUGGCGCUGGGCCCGUGGUCCUCUUCCUCCUCGUGGGGCUCCUGGGCCUCGGAGCACCUGUCGGCCUUCCGGCUGCCCUUCUGCCGGGGCUACUCGCUGUGGGACCUGGUGGCGGGGCUGGCCGGGGCCGAGGGCCUGGACUGCAGCCUGGGGCGGCUGAGGGCGGACUGGGCGGCCAGGCACGGCGAGGCCUGCGGCUCCUGCCUGGAGGCCUUCCAGCGCCUGGACCAACACGCCCGAGAGAAGUACCUCGAGUUCGAGCUCCUCCUGGACAAGUACCUGCAGGCCGAGGACUACUCCGUCCGCUCCUGCCUCGGACAGUGCAAGGCUGUCUACAAGGCAUGGCUGUGCUCUGAGUAUUUUAACGUGACACAACUGCAGUGCCCUCGCCGGAUUCCCUGCAAGCAAUACUGCCUGGAGGUGCAGACCAAGUGCCCCUUCGUCCUUCCCGACAAUGAUGAGCUGAUCUACGGGGGGCUGCCGGGCUUCAUCUGCACAGGGCUGCUGGAGAGCCAAGUGCCCGACCAGGAGGCCAGGUGCUGCGACAUCCCAUGGGACUCCUGUGGCCACCUGCUGGCACAUGACUACAAUGCAUCCUCCAUGGACUCAGAGCCCUUCCAGGGAAGCCAGGACAUCCCCCGCCAUCCUCACCGCCGCCACCACCAGCAGCAGCAACACUACCACCUGUACCAUCACCCCCAGCAGCACCACCCCCAGUACAGCCCCCACCCCUCCCUGCUGCCAGUCUCCGCAGGGUACCGGCUCAGCCACAGCAAGAUCCGGCUCUGUGUCCUGGUCCUGAUGCUUCUGCACACCAUGGUGUCCUUCUCAAGCAUCCAUGGUGGCGGGGGGCCCGCAGCCAGCGGGGGACUGAACCUGGAGGCCCUGCCAGCCCCGGAGGAGAGCCGAGUGCGAGAGGAGUGACAGAGACGCGUCCUCCCCCACGAGGGGGCAGCGAAAAUCCUCAAGCAGCGGCACCUGCUGCUCUUCUCCCGCCAAAAUGUGGCGGUAAUGGUGCCAGAUGCAGCCAGGGAGGCCCAUGGGGGGCCGAAGUGCCAGAUCUCCAGAGGGAGGCGGCCCAGGCCAGGAGCAGGAGUCCACCUGGCCGGCUGGCUGGCCCCAAAAAGCUCUUUGCAAGGACCGAAGAGCUGUGGUCCACAGGGGCCCUGGGAGAGCCCUCGGCCUCAGGAAGGGCCCAGGGGGCCAAGGCAAAGAGGGGUGGGCUGGAGGGGAAGUGCGGUGGCGGCGACAGCAGCAGAGGAGGGGCUGCCUUCUGGGAGAGUCCGUGGCCUGUGGCACGUGAGCUGGAGGGCCGCUUUCCUUGUUGUGCUUGAUUUUAUGGGCAACCAUGACCUGCAGUCCCAUACCAGGUGACUUGCCUUCCUUGGGGCAACAGAAAAGGCAGGAAGGAGGGAAUGAGGGGCUUCUCUUGAGUCCUCCCCUCCACCAAGUCCACUUAAUGCCCCUUCUCCUUCUCCGCCUCCUCUCCGCCCCUCCUUCACUCUCUGUCUCCCCACAUUUGAGGCCCUGAGGGGGACCCUCCCUCACUGAGAUAUCUGAACCAGCCUCUCCGGUCUCUGGGUCAGGAUCUAGAAGGGCUCUGAGGCCUGACUUAGGCAUCCUGGAUCUCCUGGCUACCCCAAGGGCUGAAUUCCUGGAGAGAGGGAGUCUGUCUUCUCUGUUGGCUCUCCGUGUGAGGGACCCCCAACCCAUCCCACCCCAACCCACCCCCUGAGCAUACAGCAAGCAGCUGAUUCAGUUCUGCUGCUCACUCUAGGUUAUGUUCCUGGUUCCUCACCCCACUUUACAGAUUCUUGGCCAUUGGGGGAAUUUUCCCUUCAGUGCAAAUAGCAGCUUCAAAGAAGUGUUUGCCAGGACUGCUGCAGGAGCAGAGUUUUUAAAAACCCUCUCUCCAUCUUCCCCGACACCCACCUGCCCCUGCAGCUGCUAUUUGCAUUUUUAAGUGCACAUUAAAUGCAAGGAAGGUUAUGACAUGAUGUCCAGUAUGGCCCGUAAUACUAAUGAAGUGAUAUUGCAAGAUUUUCAUAAUUCUCUGGAUGAGCAUCCUAGGUGCUCCCAGAUUCUCUAGACAGUUUGGUUUGGUUCCUACCUGGAGGGUGUCUGUGAGCUUCCACCUUUGCCUAGUCCUACCUUCCUCACUAGCCCCCCAGGGCAUUUCAAGGCCCUUCUCCCCUUACUGAGAUGCCUGGAGUGUGGUGCACUGACCCUCGAAGCAACCCUCCCCCUCAAGGAGGAACAAGCGCAAAGGUCCCUGGCAUGAAGACUCUGGGACAGAGAUGCCAAGGUAGCUCUUUCUCCUACUACCCAGUGGCUGUAGCUCCCCUGACUGGCUGCUGUGGCUCUAUGGGGGUCUCAGUUAGGACAGGGGGUCCUGCUUCCCCAGCAGCUGCUGGCUGAGAUCAGUGGACAGCAGAAGACCAAUGGAGUCCUUGAGAAGCAGUGGGGCAGGGCUGACAACAACAUGCUUCUGAAUGGCAUUUCCAUUCCUUUGCCCCAUCUGGGAGGCGCUUGCCCAGCAAAACUGACAGAGCAGAGUUGGGUUAUUGUGCAUGUUCACUGAGCUUUUUCAUAAAGGUAGAAUAAGGUGCAUCUCUCCUUUUCUCCUUCCCCCAAUGCCCCAUGGCUCCAGGAGAACUGACCUGGCCUCCCUAUGGUUCUGUCCCCAUGCCCAGUAUGCAGCUGUGUGCAUGGUGACUGGGGGGGCUGGGGGGCUGGAAAGGAGCACAAAGAUUGCCCACUUGCACAGCAAGAGGGGGGCGGUUGGGGGCUGAUGGGCCAGUGGCCUUUCCUGAGCCUCCGCAAAAAGUCAUGCAGCCAGAGUUCAGCAAAGUCUUGACCCAAGCAUGCCCUCAGGCCCCAGAAGGAGCCUCCUUGUUACUUUUCCCAGAAGGUGGUAUGUGAUUUUGCUGGGCUAGAGGUAAAAUCCCCAGAGCCCUACCCACUACUACCCCUUCCCAAAAUGCCCAGCCUCCUUCACUCCUCACCCUUUCCAGACCAAAGAGGCCACUGAAUGUGUGGGCAGUGAACCCAGGGGUCUUUGGGAAGAGGUCCCCAAAGUCUCAAAGGCAGGCUGUGAGCUGAGGAGGUCCAUCCUCAUCACAGGCAGCCCAGUGGCCCCCAGUCACGAUCCCAGGGGAAAAACCAGUUUGCACCCCAGCCUCUCCCUCCCCCCCCCCUUUGCUUUUUCAUCAAAGGGCCCACAUACACACCCGUUGGUGAUAGUGGUGGUGUGGAAAGGAGGCUGUGCUGAGGCUGAGUCCUUGUGGGGGUGUCCUCAGUUGCCUUGGGGGGGGGUGUUCAGGUCAGACCUUUCCAGUUCCUGGCAGGGGAUGCCUGAGACCCCGGAAGAAAUCAGGCCCUUCCGCUUAUCUGCUCUGCUUGACUGUAGUAAGGCAGGAGCAGGGUGUCUCAUUGUGGGGAGCAGCUCCUACCUCUGGUUUGGCACUUAUAUAUUUUUGGAACUCCAUGCCCAGCACCUCCUGCUGAUGCCUUGCGGGUUCAAAAGUUCCCCUAUGCAGACAUCUUGUAACCAGAUUUGAUAGAAGGUUAUGAAUGUGGAGUCAUGCAUAUGGGGCUGGAGUGCAUCAUUGUGCAUGUCCAUUGAGCUCAUGGUUGUGCAUCUUUGCACAUUGUGCAUCCAUGUGCAAUCUGUAUUUGGUUGUGCAGUGACACAACUUUGUAAUGAGGUGGUGUUGCACAACUGAGCCAUAACAUGGUGAGGAUAAAGUUACUUGAUGCAGAUCUUGGCCAGCUUUUUCCGUUGGGCAGAGGAUGGGAUAGGGCACACUGAUAUGCGCACACACAUACAUACACACACUGCCUCUGCAAAAAGGAGCAGGCAUUUCUCCAUUUUUACAUCCACCAUGUUACAGCUUGUCCCUCUUCCACGAAUGCAGCUGGGUCCCUACCUUUGCACCAGGAUCACAGGGGCCCCGGGCUUCUGCUGCUGGGAUCCCAUCUGUUUGCAGCCUGGCCUAUUUGCUUGCCUGUCUGCAAUGUCUGGAGUGGCCUGAGCAGCGCUUGGCAUGUUCACUCAGGUUCUGUAGUGUUUUGAGGGUCAGAGGUUAGAAGGCCACCCACACUCUGUGCACCCAAACUUCGUUUCCCCUCUGACUGCUCCCCAUAGCAGGAGAAGUCCCCUGUGAGCUCAGGAAGAGUCCCAGGCUCCCCUAAGCAGCAAAUAGGAACAAGAAAAGCCCCACAGAGCCCCACCCCAUGGACCUGGCCCUGGACUCUGAUGCUAAGGCCCAACUAAGUCCAGUUUUAGGCCUUUAUCUAAAGCCAGUUGUUACCUGAACAGCAGAGGGAAGGGGGGGGGUCUGAUCCUCUUCCCAGCGUCUCAGAGCAGGAGUCCCACUGCCCCAGUUCCCCCACCUCUGCUGAGUGGGUGGCCCCCCCAGCCCCUCUUCCCCCCAUGGAGGAGGGUUAGGGCUCAGUCCACCAGACCCCACUCCAAUGGGGUAAACCUCCCCCACUCCCAUGCUGUCUGAAGACAUAAACUAAUGGUCCAGAGAGGGGGACGUUUGAGACCAAGGCCUCAUGGGCACAAGGGGGUCCUUGCAUGGCCCUGCGCAAUGCUGCCAUGGCACGGGCGCCCCCAGUAUCAGAGGCGCCAGCUUUCUUCCAUGGGGUACAAACAUCCGAUGGCCUUUGCCUGACAGUUCCCCCUGGACACAGGAGCAUGCGGGGGCCAGGAUUCGUGGGGGCCUCCUGGGCAGUGGGGAGCAGUGGUGAGGGGGAGGCCAGAGGGCCCAUUGCCAGAGCCAGCCUUUUCCAUCUCCUUUCUACCCCUCGCCCUCCAGCCCACCACCACUGGUUUCUGUUUCUUUCCCUCUUUCUCCCCUCUUUCUUCUCUUCCCCUCUUCUCCUCCCUGCCUUCCGUCACAAGGAAGCGACUGUGUCCUUUGAGGGGGCAGUUUUCUUAUGCCAUUUUAUACACUGUGCUUCAUGUUUAGGACUUUUUUGCACUAGUUCCUAUUACAUUUAUUUUCCAAGAUGGUUUGACAAAAAAAGAAGAAAAAACCCAACAACAACAACAACAACCCCAUGCUAUAAUUCAGUUGUAUUAAACUAUUAUCCUCCUACUCUCUGUGUUUCAAUAGUCUCUGUACCUGUAAUGCUUUCAGUUCUGUUGUAUUUUGGACCAGGGGUUUUCUCUACUCCUUGUUUAACCCAGUAAAGAAAUAAAAAUGUUAAGACUUGA